AUGGGGAAGCGAGGCGCGGCCCAGGGCCACACAGUGGUGCACGGCGGAGCUGGCGUGUGUGAAGCCCAGGGUUCUGCAUUGGCGCUUUUCCGGCGCGUUAGCACUGUCCCUGGAAGGCAGCCUUCGGGGAGCCAUGACGGGGAGUGCAGAACCCGAGCUGUGGCCGAGGCUGAUGUGGAUCCAAAGGCCCACCCUCUUGCGGGUUCCCACCUCACCGAGCGGUCAUGUAGCUACAAGCCGCUUCGGAAAGAAGCCAGUGAGGCCACCAAAACCCUCAGCAGAGGCAUCUCUGAGUUCAUUGUGAUGGCUGCAGACGCUCAGCCCCUGGAGAUCAUCCUGCACCUCCCACUGCUGUGUGAGGACAAGAAUAUGCCCUAUGUGUUUGUGCGCUCCAGGCAGGCCCUGGGGCGAGCCUGCGGGGUCUCCGGGCCUGUCAUCGCCUGUUCUGUCACCAUCAAAGAAGGCUCACAACUGAAGCAGCAGAUCCAGUCCGUCCAGCAGUCCAUUGAAAGGCUAUUCGUCUAAACAGGUGGCGUCCGCCACACUCCCUGCUGACUCCUGCCCCAGGGUUAUGUAUCAUAUUGUCUGUUAGAAUCUAGUAUUUCCAGCCACCUUCUGUUGUUAUAAAAUAUUGUAGUGCUCAAUCUGGUUUUUGUAUUUUUGUAUUGUUUUUAUCUUGUUUUAUAGGUUGUCAUCCCCUCCCCAGCCUCUGCCGUAAUCUCCCCUUCCACUCUUACUCUGCCAUCUUAUCCUCCCUUUAGGAAAAUGAACUAAUGCCCAGAACAGGUGGAAGCAGAGUGGUUGACACCAUUCAAAGGCAGGGAAGAGCCAAGGUAGAGAUUAGGUUCCAGCUUUCAGGUGCAAACUUCCUACUGUGCAGGGCACGAUGGAAGUAGACACUAUCCCUUGUGCCUGGCCUACAGGAUCAUGUUUGAAUAAUCAAGGGGUUUCCUUUGCUCUCCAGGGCAUUAUGUAUCAUUUGGGGAGGAAGCAUGUAUUCUGUGAGGUUGUUGGGUGUAUGUCCCAAGGGUCAAUUGCUGUUGUACCCCUGCUGUUUGCUUUUGGUAAUAUGUUUCCCCCCAACUCCUACCUACACCCCUGAGGGUGACAGGGUAGCAGCAUACCAAAGAGAUAUGCUGCAGAAUUCCAGAACGCCUCAGUGAGUGAGACAUGGGACAGGUGACCUAGGUCUUGAAGGUGUGGCAAGAAUUUCUGGAAUGGAGGACUCUGGGCCAGUCAUGGAGAACUAACUGGAAGCUGCAGCAGAGAUGAUGGAAUCCAAGGAAACAUCCUUGCUUUGAUGAAUGGAGAUUUCUUCAGUGGACACUUGGUACCAGCUCUGAGAGCCCCCACCCCUGCCUGUUUUCCUGCCAUGAUGUGGGUCAGAUGUACGUAUUCUCUGUCACAUCAGAAGGACAGUGCUAAUGUGUCAUUCUUGUGAGCACCCUAAUAAAGAAC